AUAGGAGCGGUGGCGGCCGAAAUUCCCUUGGCUUUCUUGCUUCAAAUCCCACUGGAACUUGGUCAGAGAAUUCAAUCCUAUCGUUUUCACAGGCUGUUGACAAAAAGGAAAAAAUAAUCCCGAGUCAAUCAGAGGUUAUAGUCCAAUCACUGAUUCAGUGAUUCUUGAUCAUCAAACUGUUAAAACAUUCAUAAAAUACAUUAGGGACGAACUCAGAGAUAAGAAGUCAUUUGCUCACAGGAGCUACCACAGUGUAUGGUUCAGUGCAAUUCUUUAGUGAGAAAUAUGGUGAAGUUGAGUGGUGAGAAUGGAGUUGCACAACAAUCUAGCUCAAGUGUGGCUGACAAUUUGAAAUCAGAAGUCAUUCUCAAAGGCAGUAAGCCUUGUAAUAUGCAAAUAUUGAAUUGACAUUAAGUAAAGUUGGGUGUGUAUACUGUACUUCAGUCAAUCUAUGGUGUAAGAUAAUGCACUCUACUUCAGCAAUAAUGAUUGAGAAACUUCUUUUACUAAGGGAAAGUUAAUCGUACACAGCUUCAACAAGUCUAUAAUAAGUCAUAUAUUAUGCAGUCCUUAGAAUAUUACAACUGAAAAAAACUUGGCUCGUUGCAAACAAAACAAAAAAAUUGAAGGCAUGAGUCAACUUCAUUUUUUCUUCUUUCCCUUGAUGGCUCAUGGCCACAUGAUCCCUACACUUGACAUGGCUAAGCUCGUGGCUUCACGCGGAGUUAAGGCCACCAUAAUCACCACUCCUCUCAAUGAAUUGGUUUUCUCCAGAUCUAUUGAAAGAAGCAAGCAUUUGGGUAUCGAAAUUGACAUCCGUUUGAUAAAAUUUCAAGCUGUAGAGAACAACUUGCCCGAAGGAUGUGAGCGUCUCGAUCUCAUCCCUUCUCCUGAAUUGGUAAACAACUUCUUUAAAGCUACAGUUAUGAUGCAAGAACAAUUCGAGCAGCUUGUUGAAGAAUGUCAUCCCAAUUGUCUAGUUUCCGAUAUGAUGUUCCAUUGGACUACUGAUACUGCUGCCAAAUUUAAAAUUUCAAGAAUUGUUUUCCAUGGCACAUGCUUCUUUUCCCUUUGUGUGGCGGAAAGCAUCAGACAUCAUAAGCCUUUUAAGAAUGUCUCCUCUGAUUCCGAAAGUUUUGUUGUACCAAAUUUGCCCCACCAAAUCAAGCUGACCAGAACGGAAUUGUCUCCCUUUGAUUUAAUCGAGGAAGAGACAAUUAUAUUUCAGAUAUUUAAUGAAGUCAGGGAGGCGAAUUUGAAGAGCUACGGAGUUAUCUUCAACAGUUUCUAUGAGCUUGAACCGGAUUAUGUCGAACAUUAUACCAAGUUUCUUAGUAGAAAAAACUGGGCUAUUGGCCCCCUUUCCCUGUGCAACAGGGACAUUGAAGACAAAGCUGAAAGAGGGGAGAAAUCCUCUAUCCGUGAACAUGAGGUCUUGAAAUGGCUUGAUUCGAAGAAACCUAGUUCCAUUGUCUACGUAUGUUUUGGAAGUGCAGCAAAUUUCACUACAACACAGAUGCAAGAACUUGCCAUGGGACUCGAAGCUUCUGGACAAGAUUUCAUUUGGGUUGUUCGAACAGACAAUGAAGAGUGGAUGCCCGAAGGAUUCGAGGAAAGAACAAAAGAAAAAGGAUUAAUCGUAAGAGGAUGGGCACCCCAAGUGCUGAUUCUUGACCACGAAGCUAUAGGAGCGUUUGUGACUCAUUGUGGAUGGAAUUCAACGCUGGAAGGAAUAUCAGCAGGGGUGCCAAUGGUUACAUGGCCUCUAUUUGCUGAGCAAUUUUUCAAUGAGAAGUUGGUAACUGAUGUUUUGAAAAUUGGGGUUGGGGUAGGGUCAGUGCAAUGGCGGGAAGCAGCUAGUGAAGGAGUGAAAAGUGAAGCAAUAGCAAAGGCAAUAAAGAGAGUGAUGGUGAGCGAAGAAGCAGAAGGAUUCAGAAGCAGCGCUAAAGCGUACAAGGAGAUGGCAAGACAAGCUAUUGAAAGAGGAGGAUCAUCUUACACUGGAUUGACUACUUUGCUUCAAGAUAUAGGUGCAUAUAGUUGUAAAAGUGAUUAGACAUAUUUGAUCAUCCACAAAUAAAUGUCUUGUUAUUUUGUGU